AAGAAGAAGAAGACGGUGGUGCUGUUGUUGCUGCAGGCUUUUCCGAGUCUACAGCUUCAUAAUAUUGGAUGAGAUGGUUGUAUUUUAUUAGCGCUUCGGAAAUACGUGAAGACGCGUUUUCAAACAAACAGGACCGAAAAUCUGCUGGAGAAGAUGGAGUUUGUUAAAGCACACACGAAUGAUUCAGAACAGCACAACAUGAUAAAAAAAGAAGAUAUUGAGGAACAGAGAGACCUUUUGCAGGUAAAGGGGGACAGCCAAGAGCCAAAUAAAGUGGAGAAAAAACCUCCUUAUAAGAAACGCCAUUGUUUUAUGCCUGAAGAAAAACCUUUAACCUGCUCACAAACUGACAAAAAUGUCUCCCCAAAUGACACGGAAACCAACAAUCUAUUCAGCUGCCCUCAGUGUGGUAAGAGUUUCACACGUAAAGGACACCUUACAAUUCAUAUGGGAAUUCACACAGGUGAGAAGCCGUACACAUGCCCUCAGUGUGAAAAAAGUUUCACGAGUAAAGGAAGCCUGAAGGAACAUUUUAGGAUUCACACCGGAGAGAGACCGUUUAUCUGCCCUCAGUGUGGAAAGAGCUUCACAAAUUCAGGAGGUCUUAAGAGGCACACAAGGAUUCACACCGGAGAGCGACCUUUCACCUGUCCUCAGUGUGAAAAGAGUUUUCCUAAUCCAGGAGAGCUUAAGAGGCACAUCAGCAUUCACUCCAGAGAGAGACCUUUCACUUGCCCUCAGUGUGGAAAGAGUUACAAGCAAAAAGAGGGCCUUCGGGAACACAUGAAAAUUCAUACGGGAGAGAGGCCUUUUGCAUGCAUGUUGUGUAGAAAAAGUUUUACACAGCACAGCACCCUGAAGGUCCAUAUGAAAAUCCAUUCUGGUGAGAAAUUACAUCAAUGUUCUGAGUGUGGAAGGAGAUUUACAGAGGCGUGCAAUCUCAAAACCCAUCUGCUCUCCCACACCGGAGAAAGGCCAUUUCAAUGUGAUCGAUGUGAGAAAACGUUUUUUUUGGCUGUACACUUAAAAACGCACAUGAGGAUUCAUAUAGAUGAAAGGCGUUAUGUAUGUUCUUUCUGCGGCAAGAGUUUCUUAUGGCUGCACGGUUUUAAAGACCAUCUGAAAACACACAUGGGUGAGAAGUCUUACGUGUGUUUGGACUGUGGGAAGGCUUUUGCUAGACCUGCGGAGUUGAAAGUGCACGAAAGAGUUCAUUCUGGAGAAAAACCUUACAAGUGUUCGCACUGUGAAAAGUGUUUUACUCAGUCGUCAGGACUUAAAGUACACGAGAGAGUUCAUACCGGAGAGAGGCCGUACCUCUGCCCCUCAUGUGGAAAGACUUUUAGCCGAUAUGGAAGUCUGGGCAAGCAUUUAAAAAAAGCUUGCCCAAAAUAAUCGCAGUGAGAAAAGUUUACCGACACAAAUUUUUUUUCACAAAAGAGGACCAGGUGUUAACAUGUAGUCACUGGGGUGGUAAUGGCGCAGUGGAUAAGACACAGGCAUUUGGUGUGAGAGACCCCGGUUCGAAUCCACUGUGACACACCAUUGUGUGCCUGAGCAAGACACUUAACCCAUAGUUGCUCCAGAGGUGUGCGACCUCUGACAUAUAUAGCAAUUGUAAGUCGCUGCAUGGGCAACUCAAAUAAAUUGAAAAAUAAUACGCUCAACAAUAUUUAAAACCUCAUUAAGAGGACCUGAAUCUCUUGCACAUGCAGACUCUUUGUGUAUUAGAUUAGAGAACCAAAUAGACAAACUCAAAGACACUUUGUCAAUUACAAAAAGUCUUCAUCUCAAACAUCUCAGGGCGCACUCACUCUAUCCAAACCAAGAUAGAGUUAUCGCUCUUAGUGUGAUCGCUCUCUACCACUCUAUAUAGAGCACAGUUCACUUUGGUUCAGGUGUGUAAGGUGCACUAUAAUCGCUACGAACCCGAAUAAAAAACACAGACUUAACAUUACGAAGGGUUGCAGUGUUAAGUCAGCGCUAUACUUUGUUUUCUUCAAAACAAUUGCAUCUUAAUGACGAAAGCACACCCAGGCUCGGAUCGCUCAAGUCUGGGGGAGUAGGUAGGGCGGACAAUCGCGCUGGGGCAUGGUUUGGUUUGGAUAGUGUGAGUGUGCCCUUGGUGGUGUUAAUCUAUUGACUGUGAAUUCCACUUGAGAACAGUAAACUUAUUGUUAUGUCCAUUAAAUCACUCUCACACUUGUACUAAGUCCCUGGGAAUCAAACCAAUGACUUUGGCACGCAGUGAUGGAUUGGUAUUAGUACGCCCACAGUGUGCCAGGAAAACAUUGUACAUACCACUGUACUACUGCAACCAGCCUGGACUGUUGACACAAGACUGGGUUCAUGAAAUCUUUUUGGCACCAAAAUUUCCUUUUAACAUACGUUUAUAAAUAUCUGUGUAUUGGAUGUAUUUCAGUUCUGCAGAAGCUCAACACUAAUCACUUUGUUUUGCAUACAUAAAAACAUUUACAAGAGAUAUAGUUAGGGGCGGUUUCCCAGAAAGUGCUUAAGUCUAGUCCAAGACUAAAAUGCUAAUUUGAGCUAUCUUAAUUGGAAAUCAGCCUGUUCUGACACAUCUCAAAAGAAUAUCAUUGCCGUUGUUUUGUUGCUCACCAGUAUUGUUUUAUUGUUUAUAAAGUGUGUGAACUAUUAACUGUUUUUUGUGUUGUACAACCCCAAAUCAGAAAAAGUUGGGACACUGUAGAUAUUGUGAGUAAAAAAGGAAUGGAAUAAUUUACCAAUCUCAUAAACUUAUAUUUUAUUUACAAUAGAAUAUAGAUAACAUAUCAAAUGUUGAAAGUGAUACAUUUUGAAAUGUCAUGCCAAAAAUUGGCUUAUUUUGGAUUUUAUGAGAGCUACACAUUCCAAAAAAACAAGGGACAGAACCCACAGAAAGCAUUUGGCGCAUCAUAAAGUGAAAGAUGCGACAAAGAAGACCUAAAGCCCGGUAUACACUGUGCGACUUUAAAUUGUCCUUUAGGAUUGUUGCUUGCCACACUGUAUGAUCAAGAUCGUAAUUAAGUCCAUGUCACACUGUAUGAUCUCAAUUUCCAUCAAUGUCAGACUGUACGAGUUUAAAGACUUUUAACAAACGCGUCCGCCGUUUUACGUCAUCGAUCGACAACGGCUGGGCAAACACACGCUGAAGCGAAGGCUAGCAAACCAAAACAACAUCUACCGUUCAUUUUAAUCAUGUCUUUUAUCGAGCAUAAAAAGAAGUAAAAACGAAGGAAACAAGUACCUGGCGUUUGAAAUUCCAGCGCGAUUUCUCUCCAGGCUGCUUCAUUUUUAUCCUAUCAUGAUACAGUGGCGAUGACAUGUUGUACAAACACUCUUUAUCUUUCCAUAACUCCACAAGUUUUUGCUCCUGCUGUACAGUCUACCUAGCUAUUUUUGACAUUUGUUUGCGUUGAUUUCUAUUGGUUCUUGAGCUGCCGGUUGUCGUAGGGAGAUGUCACACAGCAGAAUUGUGUCUCAAAAUUUCUGACACUGCCAGAAUUUUGUCGGAGGAUAAUUUUGAUCGCAACGGUCAUUAAUUGGCUGUCUGUGAACAUGUCAAACUAGCCAUCAAAGAUGGCAGAUUUUAGCCUGGGAUCCCAGACAGCUAAAUUCUGGCUGAAAUCUCACAGUGUGCAUCAGGCUUAAGACAGUUGAGCAACUAGAAGCCUGUUUUAGACCAGAAUGGGACAACAUUCGUAUUCCUAAAAAUUGGUCCUCCUUCAGGUGUUCCUAUAUACACUUAAAUUUUCUGGCCUCUUAUUGCUACCUGUCCCAACUUUUUUUGGAAUGUGUAGCUCUCAUGAAAUCCAAAAUGGGCCAAUAUUUGGCAUGACAUAUCUACAUUUGAUAUGUUAUCUAUAUUCUAUUGUAAAUAAAAUAUAAGUUUAUGAGAUUUGUAAAUUAUUCCAUUCCGUUUUUACUAAGAAUUUCUACAGUGUCCCAACUUUUUCUGAUUUGAGGUUGUAUUCAUUUACAAUCAGAUUGGUGACACUAUGUGUGAAAACCCAGCUACUGUAAGUGUUUUUGUGAUUACUGUUUUUUUACAUUAAAGUCAGAUCAUGUCAGAGAUUGUAAUCAACGUAAAGUCAAACUUUGAUGCUCUAAAUUUCAUCAUUAGAUUAUAAGACUUCAGACUGAAUUUCACUGUCACAAAUAAGGAAUGUUUUUUGUGUAGUCUGUGCUUGUUAUCACCUGAAAGCACCUGUAAGAUUAUAAAUUCACAUUUAGGAGAGAUGUAGAAUUGGCAGAAUUAAACAUGUUGUAAAAUCUCA